GCCCCGCCCCUAUUUCUUCUCCCGAAAGUGCGACCCGAAAUGCAAAGUCCAGCGUAAAAUGGCAGGCGGGCACUGUUGCUGGCUGGGCCCGGCUGGCGUUCGCCGGAUUUUGGCGGGCUGCAGGGCAAACCAUUCGCGGCCUGGAGCCUCCUUGAAGCGGGAGUACGAUGCUGUCGUGAUCGGGGCAGGACACAACGGACUAGUGGCUGCUGCCUAUCUGCAAAAAGGAGGGCUGAAAACAGUAGUGCUGGAGAGAAGGUACAUUGUGGGAGGCGCUGCAGUCACUGAAGAAAUUAUCCCAGGCUUUCACUUCUCCAGAGCCUCUUACCUGCUCAGUCUGCUGAGACCCCAGAUUUACGCUGAACUGGAGCUGAAGAAACACGGCUUAAAAGUGCUGCUGCGUGACCCAUAUUCCUUCACUCCAGUGCUGGAGGACUGUCGGGGUGGGAAAGCUCCCUGCUCACUGUUGCUGGGGAACAGCAUGGCUGAGACACAGAACCAGAUUGCCCAGUUCUCCCUAAAGGAUGCCCAGGCCUUUCCCAAGUAUGAGAUGUUCAUGGGCCACUUGGUGGCAGCCAUUGACCCUCUACUUGAUAUCUGCCCAAUGGAUGUAGCUGCACUCACUCAGGGCUCCUUGCAUCAGCGAUUCAGAGCCUUGAAGGGUUUGCAAGCCCUGUUCCGUGCAGGAUUUGCUUUGGGAAAACAACUUCCACAGUAUUACGAGGUCCUCACAGCCCCCAUUUCCAAGAUUUUGGAUUUCUGGUUUGAGUCAGAGCCCUUAAAAGCAACAUUAGCCACUGAUGCAGUGAUUGGUGCCAUGGCUGGUCCACACACACCAGGCAGUGGGUAUGUUCUGCUGCACCAUGUCAUGGGUGAGCUAGAGGGGCACAAGGGUGCCUGGGGUUAUGUGUCUGGUGGCAUGGGGGCACUUUCCAGGGCCUUGGCUCGUGCUGCAACUACGCUUGGGGCUGAGAUCUUCACUGAUAAGGCAGUUGCCCAGAUUCUCCUGAGUUCUGAUAAGAAGGUUCAAGGAGUUUGCCUCCAGGAUGGAACUGAAGUGAAGAGCCGCUUGGUGCUGUCCAAUGCAUCUCCACAUCAUACCUUCCUGGAGCUGACUCCACAAGAGCAUCUGCCCUUGGAGUUCAUACAGAGAAUAUCACAGUUUGACACACACUCUCCAGUCACCAAGAUCAAUGUGGCUGUGGAUCGGUUGCCCAGUUUUCUGGCAGUCUCAAACACUACCAAUAGUGAUCCCUUGCCUCACCAUCAAUGCUCCAUCCAUCUCAAUUGUGAAAACAUCCAUACCUUGCACCAGGCCUUUGAGGAUGCUUGCAAUGGGAGGCCCUCUAGAAGGCCCAUGAUUGAAAUGUGCAUUCCAUCGGUCUUGGAUCCUACCCUGGCUCCCUCAGGCUGCCAUGUGAUUUCACUUUUUACCCAAUACACCCCCUAUUUGCUUGAUGAAGGAAAGCAGUGGGAUCAUCAUGACCGUGAGGACUAUACCAAUCGAGUAUUUGACAGUGUUGAAGCCUAUGCACCUGGGUUCAAGGCAUCCAUCAUUGGCAUAGAUGUUUUAACACCUCCAGACCUUGAACAGAUCUUUGGCCUACCUGGUGGGAAUAUAUUCCAUGGGGCCAUGUCUUUGGAUCAGUUAUAUUUUGCCCGACCAGUGCCAUCUUACUCCAGCUACCAGUCUCCAGUCCAAGGCCUAUACCUCUGUGGCAGUGGUGCUCAUCCUGGAGGAGGUGUAAUGGGAGCAGUGGGACGCAAUGCUGCUGGAGUAGCCUUGGAGGAUUUCAAGAACCUGUGAACCUAUAGGAUGAUUUACUGCUUUGGCUCAAAAAGAGAGAAACCUGGGCACUCUGCAAUCUGCAAUCCAAGCCUUUGAAAUGAACUCCCUUGUGUAGGAUUUGAAGGCCUGUUCUUAUAGCCCCUUCUCAUAUUUUUUCAUCACAAAUUACUCAGUACACCACUACGAUGUAUUUCUCCUGGAGUGCAUGGUCACCAAGCAAGUAAAUAGCCACUGCUGUUUCAAGUGGGACACAAAUAUGUCAUGAACACAAUAACCGAGCUUUCCUGGCAAUUCCGUUUCUGCUUUAUAAUCAACUAAUAUGCUUCUCAUGUAGUAUCAUUUAACCAGGAGUUUAUCCCUGCCUCUUGUUCCACAACUUGCUCUUCUUCGGACCACUGGAGGGGUGCAUGUCUCUUUCUCUGAUAGUUAGAGGGACGCUUAGAGUCACGAGUGAAGGAGAGUUCAUGGGGCAGCUUUCCCUCCAACUGAAUAAGACAACUGUACCGAGGUCUGUUGAGUUCAGAUUUUCUUGGACGACCCUUCAGCAUCUUCUUUUCUUCCAAAACCCCCAGCUGUGCUAUUUAUCUUGCACUAUGGGGUGUCUUGCCUUUUGCUUCUUGACCUGUGAAAAUACGGGCAUUCUGAAGUGCUGCUCCUGAGAAACAGCUUAUCGUGUCGAUGAUGAGUCAUGCUUUCCAGAAGAUCAAAACCAAGGCCAAGUUGUUAUGAAAUCACCUUAGCAGAGGGUUAAGGAGAGUCUGCUGCCAUUCAUGUCAUCUAACCUUGUGCUCCCCAUCCAAAGCCAGAUAUGCCUGACUGAGCCGGAGUCCAAAAGAGCCAUAUUUCUCACUAGCAAAAAGCAGCUGCUUGCAAACACCUCUCUGCAAUCUGACUGCAAAUCCAGGCAGGGAAUGGCCAGAAGCCAGCUGCCCUCGCUGAUCUGGCCUUGGUUGGAUUUUAUGUACAGGCUAAUCUCAGUCACAAAGCAGUGGAGCCAGAAUACUUGGCUGCUAUCCCGUUCCAUUCCAUUGAAAUCAGUGAGAAUAAAUCAGUUUAAAUCUAAUAUUCCACCUCAAUUUAUACAUGGAUUGCAACCAAAGUGUGUUGACACAAUAAGGAAUAUCAGUAACUUCCCUCCCUGUGUAUGAUGGAUUAAUUUCGUAUGAAGAACUGAUUAUAAAAUCAUUGCCAACUAGGAAAUAUAUAUCCAGAGAUUAAUAAAGGGUUUGAAAAACA